CAGAUGGUACAUUUACUGUGCCCUGGAAAAUCCCUUUCAUUGUAAUUGUAUUGCUUAUCAUCAUCAUUUCAUUAAUGGUGGGACUUACAAUUUACUACAGAGGUCACAAAAUGUGUCCGAUCUUCACAGAACAUCACACAGAUGAUCUUCAGCCCGGGUCUAACAUAGGCCUUGCUUUUCGGAACGAUAUCUUAACCAUAGUCUGGAGUCUGGACUUGCAAGUAAUACAGAGUUAACUGGAGGAGGAAGAGGAGGAUGCUAUGGAAGCAAGUAAAAUCUGAAGAAGAGACAGAAGGUGAUCUUCAUCUGGAGAAAUACCUAGACCAAGGGCUUAAAAAAAUGCUUCCUGUAGUUAAAGAGUCCAAGAGAGUUUGGCUAAAUCAGUGUCAUCUUUCUGAGGCAAGCUGUGAAAAAAUUGCAUCAGUUCUGCAAAUGUCAACUACUCUUAGAGAACUGGACAUGAGCAAUAGCAAACUGGAUAAUAAAAGACUGCAGAAGCUCUGUUUAGGACUAAUGCAUCCAAAUUGCCAGCUGGAGACACUGAGGCUAAAUCAGUGUCACCUCUCUAAAGCAAGCUGUGACAUGAUUGCAUCUGUACUGCAAAGGUCAACAACUCUGAAAGAACUGGACAUGAGUGAUAAUAAACUGGAGGAUGCAGGACUCCAGAAGCUCUGUGUGGGACUAAGAGACCCAAAAUGCCAGCUGCAGACAUUGAGGCUCAGUAACUGUGGUAUCUCAGAUGAAGGUUAUGUUUGUCUGGCUCUGGCUCUGAUGUUAAACCCCUCCUGUGUGAAAGAGCUGGAUGUGAGCAACAAUAAUCCUGGAGAAUCUGCACAGAAGCUGUUUUCUGCUACACUGGAGGAUCCUCACCGUAAAGUUGAAGCACUUCAGCUAAAUCAGUGUCACCUCUCUAAAGCAAGCUGUGAAAUCAUUGCAUCAGUACUGCAAAGGACAACUACUCUGAGAGAACUGAACAUGAGUGAUAACAACCUGGAGGAUGAAGGACUGCAAGAUCUCUGUGCCCGACAACAAAAGAGAGGAAAGCGGGCGGGUGCGCGGGCCCAGUUAAAAGCAAACAGGCCACCGAUUCCUACUCUGUUCCUGGCAAAUGUCCGUUCUCUGGACAACAAGAUGGACCUGUUACGUCUGAGACUGAGUGUUUCCACGGAGAUGAAGCACUGCGCUGUUCUUUGUCUCACGGAAACCUGGCUAAACAACAACAUGCCGGACUCAGCCUUCCAGAUCGACGGCCUCCAGCUGUUCAGAGCAGACCGUGACCACAGGUCGGGGAAAACACGGGGAGGAGGACUGUGUGUUUACGUGAAUGGAGGUUGGUGUACAAACUGUGUGCUGGUGAAAAGCUACUGUUCCGAGGCAAUAGAACUGAUGACGGUAAAAUGCCGACCGCAUUAUCUGCCACGAGAGUUCACAGCAGUGUUCGUCAACAUUGUUUACAUCCCGCCGGGAGCUAACGCAAAUGCUAACGUAGCGCUACAGGAGCUUCACGACACCAUUAGCUCGCUGCAGACAAAGCACCCGGAGGCGUUUUACGUGGUUGCUGGGGAUUUUAAUCACGUAAAACUGACGGACACUCUGCCUAGUUUUUACCAGCAUGUCACCAUUCCUACUCGAGGAGAUAACACGCUGGACUGUGUGUACACUAACAUCCAUGGUGCAUACAGAGCUUUUCCUCGCCCACAACUCGGCCUCUCUGACCACGUCUCCCUCCUGCUGGCACCAACGUAUCGCCCCCUGCUGAGAAGGACCAGGCCAACAAAGAAGACUGUCACUGUGUGGCCCACUGACGCAGCCUCUGUGCUCCAGGACUGUUUCCAGUGCACAGACUGGCAGGUCUUCAGAGAAGCAGCUACAAAUGAGGGAGAGGUGGAUUUAGAAGAAUACACCUCCUCUGUCCUCGGAUACAUCUCCAAGUGUACUGAUGAUGUCACCACCACCAAGACAAUAACCUGCUACCCCAACCAGAAACCCUGGCUGAAUGCUGAGGUGAGAGGACUGCUGAAAGCCAGGAUGCUUCAUUCAGAGCAGGUGAGACAUCCGCACUGA